UAUAUGCAUAUGUAGCUUAUUUGUAAGAAGUUAAUAGGUUCCUUAUUGAUAAGCACAAAAAUAAAGAAGUUCAGCAAAAUGCUUAUAAAGAGAAAAGUGUUAACAGAUUCACGGAACACGUCUGGACAUGCCUUUUAUGUUGCAGGGAAAGUGUUUCGAUUUCCUCUCAGCGAUUACCAAAAGACGUGGACGGAAAAGAAACGUUUGUAAGGUCAAGUACUCUUGAGCGACAAGUGGAAUCAAUAAAUAUUAAAUUCUAGAUUAGGUAGGAUCAACUGCAGAAAGCAAGCCUUCAACGGCUGACACUGAGGUGAUAGGGCUGACAGGGAAUCAGGGAAUAGAAGUUUGACGUUAAAGGAGAGGGGCUUCGCCUGCUUCUAAAUACAUGUAAAUACACGUGCACGAAUGAGUCGAACAAGAAUCCCUAACCUUGAAAAAAUUUAAACGCUCCUGUUUUCGUUCCGUUAAAUAUUACAUUUUACUCGGAACGAUAAAUUGCAAAAUGACAGAACAAGCUAUUCCAUCAAAGACUGAUUAUGAAUGUGAGAUGGAUGGAACAAGUGACAAUGACAGUGGAGACGACUGGGAUGAAAUUACUGAAGAUUAUGAGACCAUACUAUGUCUCUUCUGUAACGAAGUUAUAAAAAGCUUGACAGAGGCAUUGGAACACCUUGUCAAAUCACAUAGAUUUGACAUGAAGAAUUUUGUAACAAGACAUUCUCUGGAUACUUAUUCUUACAUAAAAUUGAUUAACUUUAUUAGGAAAAAGAAUGUUCUACCUGAUCAACUAAAUGCAUUAAAUAUAAAAGCAUGGGAAAACGAUAUAUACUUGAGUCCUAUUAUUGAAGAUGAUCCAUGGUUGAUGUUUGACAUUGACGACUUGGAAGAGAAGACAACGAAGCCUACAGCAUAUACCGUAAACUCAGAAAAUGGUUGUGUUACAUUAUCCGAGGCACAUUUUGCUGAUUUGCAAAGAACAAUACAAACAUUAAGAGCAGAGUUAGAACAACGUGAACUAGCAUGUUGCAUGGCAAAACAGCAAAUAGAUGAAAUGACAAAGAAAGCACAGAAACUGAUCUUAGAUGAAGAUUCUGAUACAAACAAUAGUGAUAGAUCAUCUGCUAAUUCUAAUUGCCAUUACGAUGAACACUAUUUUACUGCAUACAGUCAUUUUGCAAUACAUCAUGAAAUGUUAACAGACAAAGUACGAACAGAGAGUUAUCGCGAUGCGUUACUAACAAAUGCAAACAGAUUUAGAAAUACCAUUGUGUUAGAUGUUGGUUGUGGAACUGGUAUUCUGUCUAUGUUUGCAGCAAAAACCGGAUGCCGUAAAGUUAUUAGUGUUGACCAGUCAGAUGUGAUAUAUCGAGCUAUAGACAUAGUAAGAGAAAACAAUUUAAGUGAUAUUAUCACUUUAAAAAAAGGUCGCCUUGAAGACAUUAAUCUCGAUGAAGAGAAAGUAGAUGCGAUUGUGUCCGAAUGGAUGGGCUAUUUUCUUUUGUUCGAGGGCAUGUUAGACUCUGUUAUAUACGCCAGGGAUCAUUACUUAGCACCUGGUGGUCUACUAUUACCUAACAGAUGUACACUUAGCAUUGUUGGAAGUGGAGAUACUAAGAGAUACGUAGAGCUGAUCGACUACUGGACAAACGUAUAUGGCUUUAAAAUGAGCUGCAUGAAAUCGGACGUGAUUCGCGAACCAAACAUACACGUAUGUGCUGCCGACGAGUUAAUAACAAGUACCGUUGAAAUUCAAUCAUUCGAUCUGUAUAAAGUGACGAUGGAUUACAUGGACUUCUCGUCGCCGUUCGAGUUAAAAGUGAAGAAGACUGGAUCGUUGACCGCGAUCAUUGGUUUUUUUGAUAUAUUCUUCGACUUAGACAAUCCAGUUCACUUUAGCACGGGACCCAACUCAACUCCGACGCAUUGGAAACAAACAGUGUUCUCGUUGAGCGAGCCAAUUAGCAUCACUGAAGGUGAAGUUUUAAGCGGUAAGGUAAUCUGUCGCAGACACGUGAAAGACAUUCGGGGACUCAUCAUUACAAUCGACAUAAAACACAUGAGUCAAGUUUAUCAUCUAGUGUAGACUUCAAACUCAUAAUAUGUAACUAUAAGCGUGAAAAAAAAAUCCUAGUACGUAAAACGCGGUUAAGGCCAUAAACCAUCUUGUAUACUUGUAUUUUUUAAGAUGUUAUGAUUUCCAUUUUGAAGCCUAUUAAAACUAGGAACUCCGUAACCAUGCGUGACCCCGCUAAAGAAAAUAGAACAUAAAUGAGCUCUGUAAAAUUUAUCUCCUCUUUUUUAUAUAUAUUACAGUACGGUAUUUGUCGUGACCAAAGAUCAUAACGAUUAUUUCGAUAAGUUAUAUUGCACAGACGUACAUCCUUUCCAUAAAAUAUCAUCGCAAAUAAUAAUUGCUCGGCGAUAACGGUUGUUUACGAUUCGUGCCUUUCGAUAGUCGUUAAAUUUACAUUUGUAAUUAAGCAGUGAACAAUGAAAUGUUUCAGGUAAUUAGUCACUUUCGCGAUACGUUGCGAUAGUAUUGUGCUUUACGGUUCCGUCGACCAUGUGAGAAGAAACAUUGCAGUAGUAUUAGGUUAAACUGAGAGUUUUUGCGUUUUGAUCUUUAUUAUGUAAUGUACACAAUGAAGUGUUUCGACACAGAUUUCGGCUACAUCAAAGUUCAUUGCGAGCUUCUUAAUAGUAAAACGACGAUUUAUUGCAUUUGUCGCUUGUAAAUCAUCUUUUAUGUAUUGCCUUUGAAAGUCUAUAAUGUAGUGCUAAACUACAAUCUUAGC